UGCGUGGUUUAAUGCAUCGUGGUAGUUAGAACGAGCACGUUGAGACAUUCACUGCUUGUCGCGUUUGGGUUGUCGCCCGGUCUGCAAGUAGAAUUCGGUAAAAUUACAAACGCCGCUGAUAAUGGCUGGCGAACAGCUGGUCUGCGGCGUGUGCAGUAGCGGCGAGCCGCGGUAUCGUUGUCCGCGCUGCCUCACGCGGUACUGCUCGUGCAACUGCUACCGCAAUCACAAGCAAGAGGAGGGCCGUUGCCGCGAGCCCGAGGCGUCUGCACCCGCACGGAACGGCGAAGAAGAGCCCGGGUACCGGUACCCGACGCCACACACGGUACCGCCGGAGGCGCUGCGCCGCUUGCGCGAAUCUGAAGCCGUUAUGGAGACCCUUCGCAACGUGCACGUGCGGAAGCUGCUACGAGACCUGGACCGUAGCAAGGACCCCGAAAGCAUGCUCGACUCGUUGAUGCGAGAGCCGAUCUUCCUGGAAUUCGCGAACGCUUGCCUAGACGCAGUUGGUGUCCAGGAAGAGUAGCCUUUUGGAGCUCUACAUUUCACCGACGGAUCCAGCACCCGGCCGUUGUUCAGCGUCGGGAGGCGUAGGCAGAAUUUUUUCCUGGGAAGGGGGCAAUGUGCCACCCCUGGCUACGGCACCCACUGCUCAGCGUGUGUGUUCUUGUCACCCGCUUCUUCCCAUCCCUUGGUGGUUGUCCUCUGACAGUGCGCGUUGUGAUUACUAUAGCACAUCGUACUAUCUGCCCCUUUACCGCUCAAACAGGCGUCUAAACGCCAUCAUAAUAUUCACUUCGGUUCAUGUUUUCUGUUGAAUCAAAAGCGUUCGAUUCAUCGAGUUUUCAAGGCGUCGUCGCUCUGUGGAAGUGCUUUCGCGAUUGUAUCACGUCGUUAUGUUAGUACGAUGUUUUUUGGCGAUCAGUUACGCACAUUGUAUGGCUAACUUUUACAUAAAAAUGUGUCGCUAAGAGCCUG